AAACAAUCAUGUUUUAAUUACCAAGUCUUUUUAUUUGUGUCGGAAGCAAAUGUACUUAAACCACUUCUUUUCCUCCUCUCCUUUCUGUCUCCACAGAUAUCCAGGUCCAAAAUGCAGCCCUGGAUCAUUUUUAUCGGCUUGUUUCUGUCGGCAGCUCACAGCCAAGAUAUCUAUCCCUCAAAGGCGUCGUCUUCCAUCAGCGAGUCGUGUGAGUCUCUGUGCUCCUGUGAGGCAAAGGACGGCGUCCUUCAUCUCAACUGCGAGCAGAGGAACAUCAGCAAAAUCUCCCAAAUCCAAAUCCCGUCAGGUGUCUCCUUCCAUCUGAACCUUUACAAAAAUGACUUAGUGGAGCUCCGAGUGGAGGAAAUGGAAGGGCUUAGGGGCGCCCUUUCUCUGCACAUCGGGGGUAAUAGCAUACAAGAGCUGGAGCCAGGGGUCUUUAACACUCUCGGUUCGCUGAAAAAGCUCCACAUAAAUAGCAAUUUUCUUGUCACCCUGAAAGAGGACACUUUCCAGGGUCUGAUAAAUCUAGAGUUUCUUCAAGCCGACACAAAUUUCAUCCGGAUCAUCGAGCCAGGGGCAUUCAACAAGCUGAUCCGCCUCAAAGUCCUCAUCCUCAAUGACAAUUCCAUCGAGUUUUUACCCAGCAACAUCUUCCGCUUCGUGCCGCUCACUCACCUCGACCUACGAGGCAACAAACUCCAGACGCUGCCAUACGUGGGCUUUCUGGAGCACAUCGGGCGCAUCAUGGAGCUCCUCCUGGAGGACAAUGACUGGAUCUGCGACUGCGACGUCCUCCAUUUAAAAACCUGGAUGGAGAACAUGAGGGCGCAGUCGGUCAUCAGCGAYGUGGUGUGCAGCUCACCGCAGCACCUGAAGGGAACCAUUCUGGCUAAAGUCAAACGGGAUGUUCUGUGUCCGUUCCACAAAGACCUCCCGCUGGAGGGACCGCCAUCAAUGGAUAUGGUUGUUACGCCAUCGUCCAAGGUGGCUCAGAUUCCCAAACAGACACCCUCCCAUGUUCCCGACAGUCCCUGCAUGGAGCACUGUUCAUGCCACAAUCACCCGGAGGCUGGGUUAUUGAUGCACUGUCAGGACAGAGGUAUUCAGAAGGUGUCUGAUAUCGGAAUACUUCAGGAGAGCCCUACUAAGUUGGUUAUGACAGGAAACAUGAUCCAGAAACUCUUUAAGUAUGACUUUGUCACAUACGACAGGUUGGAAUUGCUCAACCUGGCCAACAACCGCAUCGACUACAUCGAUAACGAAACAUUUCUCAGCCUGAGCAGCUUGAAAAAGCUUCACCUGAACGGGAACAGGAUCGAAAAGCUGUUUUCCACCAUGUUCGUGGGCCUUCACAACCUGGAGUCUCUAUACCUGGAAUACAACCUCAUCAAGGAGAUUGCACCAGGCACAUUCAACCCCUUGCCCAAACUGAAGCUGCUGUCACUGAACAACAACCAACUGAGCUCCCUUCCGGCUCAGAUCUUCCGCAACGUUCCCCUGGUCAAAUUAAACCUGAGGAAGAACCUGCUCAUGCACCUGCCGGUGAGCAACGUGCUGGAUCAGCUCAACGUGCUGGAGCAGAUCUAUUUAGAGGACAACCCCUGGGACUGCAGCUGCGACCUGCUCAGUCUCAAGCAGUGGGUGGAGAAGCUUAAGACAGACACGGUGGUGGGCUCUGUUCUGUGUGAAACCCCCAAGAAGGUGAAGCAGACGGAGCUGAGGAGUCUUCGCCACGAGAUGCUCUGUCCUGGGUUGGAGACGUCCACMGUCACGCAGGGGACGCCUGCAAACAAGAGUCUCAUGGACUCCCUAACCGACAACAUACCGCUCUCAGUGCUCAUCCUCAGCUUCCUUAUCUUUGUCCUCAUGAUCAUCUUCUGCUCGGCUGGAUUGGUGGUCUUUGUGGUGCACCGUAGGCGGAGGAGGGCAAAGAAAAAGGCAGCGGAGGAACCAGCACGGGAAAACACCAGCACCACCUCUCCAAUCCAUUUACACUACAGCAUGUAUGGGCAGAAGACCACCCACCACACCGUGACCCAGAGGACAGGACCCGGUUCCUUAUACGAGGACAGAUCUCACAGCCCCAUCGUCCAGAUCUGCCGGAACCCCACCUACUGCUCCCAGCACAAGGGCCACGAAUCAGAUCUGGAUUACAGUCUGGAUGAUCCAAAGCACCAUGUCUGCCGGAGCAUCAUGGAGAAGGAGAACACCUCCCCACUGACGGGAAACCCCAAGUUCAGGGCCAUAGCUGAGGAGCGGCCGGGUGACUUCAUGACCCUGGGGACUCCCAGCUCUCUGUACAGGAACAUCCUGGAGAGAGAGAAGGAGCUGCAGCAGCAGCUCGGAAUAACCGAGUACUUCAGGAAAAACCUGCCGCAGCUGCAGCCUGCCAUGGACAUGCAGGUCCCAGGGCACCCGGAGGAGCUAAAGCUAAUGGAGACGAUAAUGUACACUAGACCACGCAAGGUCAUGCUGGAACAAACCAAGAACGAGUACUUUGAGCUCAAAGCUAACUUGCACACGGAGCCGGACUACUUGGAGGUUCUGGAACAUCAGACUGCGUUUAACUGAGCUGACAUAUCAUGUCUGAACCAAGUGCCUUGGCCUGUUUGCCCCCUCUAUUUUCCACAGUGUGAAAUGUAUAAACAUAAAAAUAUGAUAGAUAGAUAUAUAUAUAGAUAUAUAUAUACACACAGGCACAUGUUUAUUGUAGCACAGAAUGUAUCUUUCCGUUUCUGCUCAUCUGUUAGAGGUGGAAUAUUCUAGAGAUGCACCGAUCAGGCUUUUUCCGGCUGAGACCAAUUUCUGUUUUACUCUGUGCCAAAUUUUAUCUUACACUUAAGAGGAAAUCUGAUGUAUGUCAUCAAUAAAAACAAUUCAAUUAAGUUUUUUUUUUUCACCUUACCUGUAUUUGAACCUGCUGAUGGAGGGAAAAUCAUUUAGUUUUUAUCUCUUGCCAACUGAUCGGUGCAUCCCUACUAAGCGUUUUCAGCCAAAUCAAACCUGGAAGAAGCUGUGGCCGUCUACAGAGCAGGCCUGGGUUAAAACCCACGCUGAAAUCCACUCAAUCAGCUUUUUACAUGUGAUUAAAUUUUCAUGCUCCUACAGCAGCCGAGCGAAUUGAUCCACGCAGCACAACUCCCCCCCUCCUCCCCCCCGAGUCGGCCUCCUCCCAGGAUAAAGCAGAUGUUUGGAAAGAAUUGAGUGAAUUUCAAUCAGUGCUUGACCCAGAAUUCCGCUUAAUCAGUCUAUCCCGAUUCUGGCCGUGACCUGAUUACACCCCCCCUCUUAUCAGCCCCCCCAUGAGAGCAGCUUUAACGCUGGAACCGGAGUUCUCGUUGUGCCGUAGAGUCAGCAGUUCGUACAGCCAAGUACACUGAAAAAAAAAACACAAAAAACACAGCGAUAGGAGCAAGGUUCUCCUCCUGACAGAUGAUUGAUCCAGCGCGCUGCAGAGCUGCAGUCAGAGGAACUUUAUUUUUAUACAGACURAGGCAGAUCAGUCAGAAAGUGGAGUACAGUACCUACAKGACUUGUACAAAACGCAUUGCACUAUUUAAAAUGCCAUAAGAUGGUGCAUGACAAUCAACUAGAGUCCUGCUGAAACGGUUUAGUUUUCAUUUCUGCCAGAAACGAGCCGCUCAUCAUGCACUCAUUUCAUGUGGGAGACCGACGCCAUUAUUUUUCUGUUGAAAUCAUUUAAAAAAAACAGCCAGGAACAGUUGAGGACAGAGACAUUUGCAGAGUGGACCGGAUUUACGUUCCCUGUUUUCAGAAACAGCUCAUGUAAGCACACUCUCUGUAGCUUUUCUACUUUAACUAGAUUGACUUAUUUAUUCUGUAUAUUUUGUAUAUACUUCUGUUCCAUUUUAUCUUUGGGUUUUGUGUGCCUUCAGUGCUGUACAGAAUAUAAACAGAAGUUGUAUCUGAAAGAGGAAAAAUAAAGAAUUGCUAUAUGAUGUGA